CGAGCCGGGGGAGCGCGAUUGGGAGAGCAGGGAGGCGGUGGUCCUGGGGGCGACUCCCACGCCACCCAGAGACCGCCCGGAACUGGUGGGGAGGGCCCGGCUCGUGGGGCCCCAGGGGCCUGAAGGGGAGGGGCGCCCCGGGGUGCAGGAAGCAAAUUGGCGCCCCGGGGUGCAGGAGGGACAGGCGGUGCGGGCUGUCCAGGAAACGCAGCUGAACGGGAAGGAAGCCCAGGCGGGAGAGGGUCCUGCCGAGGUGCACAGGACCCGGCGGCGCAGGCGGAGGAGGCGGUGGUGACCCCCCCCCCGGGCCACUCCAGCCUGGCACUCGGCUAGUCCUUCGGGCUUGGGGGCGCGCACGGGAUGUAGGCGUUUGAGGAGUUGCGAGCUUGCAAAGUUAUUGCCCGAGAGCAGGAGGUGGCCGGUGGGGUCCUAUUCUGCGACCUCCUCCGGGGCUGAGCUGUGUCUGCAGGGAGGCGGCGGCGGCCAGCGUCAGAGGCUGGGGAGCAGCAGCAUGCAGCCGGAGGAGGGUACAGGCUGGCUUCUAGAGCUGCUGUCUGAGGUGCAGCUGCAACAGUACUUCCUGCGCCUGCGCGACGACCUCAACAUCACUCGCCUGUCCCACUUUGAGUAUGUCAAGAACGAGGACCUGGAGAAGAUCGGCAUGGGCCGGCCUGGCCAGCGGCGGCUGUGGGAGGCCGUGAAGAGAAGGAAGGCUCUGUGCAAGCGCAAGUCGUGGAUGAGCAAGGUGUUCAGUGGGAAGCGGCUGGAGGCUGAACUCACUGCAGCUCAAGCCCAGAGCACUUUCUGCAAGACCUUGCCCACCUCAGGGGGCCCCGCUGGGGAGGGCCCCCUGCAGAGCCUCACUUGCCUCAUUGGGGAGAAGGACCUGCGGCUGCUGGAGAAGCUGGGGGACGGCUCCUUUGGUGUGGUGCGCCGAGGAGAGUGGGAUGCUCCUUCGGGCAAGACGGUGAGUGUGGCUGUGAAAUGCCUGAAGCCUGAUGUGCUGAGCCAGCCAGAGGCCAUGGAUGAUUUCAUCCGCGAAGUCAACGCCAUGCACUCGCUCGACCACCGCAACCUCAUCCGUCUCUACGGUGUGGUGCUCACACCACCCAUGAAGAUGGUGACGGAGCUGGCACCUCUGGGCUCGUUGCUGGACCGGCUGCGUAAGCACCAGGGUCACUUCCUCCUGGGGACCUUGAGCCGCUACGCUGUGCAGGUGGCCGAGGGCAUGGGCUACCUGGAGUCCAAGCGCUUUAUUCACCGGGACCUGGCCGCCCGCAACCUGCUAUUGGCCACCCGAGAUCUGGUCAAGAUUGGAGACUUUGGGCUGAUGCGAGCGCUGCCCCAGAACGAUGACCACUACGUCAUGCAGGAACACCGCAAGGUGCCCUUUGCCUGGUGUGCCCCGGAGAGCCUGAAGACGCGCACCUUCUCCCAUGCCAGUGACACCUGGAUGUUUGGGGUGACCUUGUGGGAGAUGUUCACCUAUGGCCAGGAGCCCUGGAUCGGCCUCAAUGGCAGUCAGAUCCUGCACAAGAUUGACAAGGAGGGGGAACGCCUGCCACGGCCCGAGGACUGUCCCCAGGACAUUUACAAUGUCAUGGUCCAGUGCUGGGCUCACAAGCCUGAGGAUAGACCCACAUUUGUGGCCCUACGGGACUUCCUGCUGGAGGCCCAGCCCACCGACAUGCGGGCCCUGCAGGAUUUUGAGGAACCUGACAAGCUGCACAUCCAGAUAAAUGAUGUCAUCACUGUCAUCGAGGGAAGGGCUGAGAACUACUGGUGGCGUGGGCAGAACACGCGGACACUGUGUGUGGGGCCCUUCCCCCGCAACGUGGUAACCUCCGUGGCUGGCCUGUCAGCCCAGGACAUCAGCCAGCCCCUACAGAAUAGCUUCAUUCACACGGGGCAUGGCGACAGUGACCCCCGCCACUGCUGGGGCUUCCCUGACAGGAUUGAUGAGCUGUAUCUGGGGAACCCCAUGGACCCCCCCGACCUGCUGAGUGUGGAGCUGAGUGCCUCCCGGCCCCCACAGCCUCUAGGAAGGGGGAAAAGGGAGCGUCCGCCUCGCCCGCCUCAGCCUUCCAUCUACGCUCAGAAGCCCACCUAUGACCCUGUGGCUCAAGAGCAGGACACCCUGGCCAACGACUUCAAGAGGCUAGGCCUGCGGAAGCCUGCCCAAUCCCGAGGCUUGUGGCUGGCAAAGCCGUCGGCCCGGGUGCCGGGCACCAAGGCGAGCCGUGCUGCUGGUGGUGGCAGCAGCAGCACAGGCGAGGCCCCGCUCAUCGACUUUGGCGAGGAGCCCACUGCACCUGCCCCGCGGCCCUGCGCACCUUCCCUGGCCCAGCUGGCCCUGGACGCCUGCUCCCUGCUGGACAAGACCCCACCACAGAGUCCCACGCGGGCACUGCCCCGACCACUGCACCCCACGCCCAUAGUGGACUGGGAUGCCCGCCCUCUGCCCCCGCCCCCCGCCUACGACGACGUGGCUCAGGACGAGGAGGACUUUGAGGUGUGCUCCAUCAAUAGCACCCUGAUGGGCCCCGGGGAGGCCUCCACCGGACCUGGCCAGGGCAAGACCAAUUACGCCUUCGUGCCUGAGCAGGCGCAGCUGCCCCCACCCUUGGAGGACAACCUGUUCCUCCCGCCCCAAGGGGCCAGCAGGCCGCUAGCCAGCUCUGCCCAGACUGCAGAGAUUUUCCAGGCACUGCAGCAGGAGUGCAUGCGGCAGCUGCAGGUGCCGGUCACCUCCCUGGCUCCUUCACCGGGUCCUGUGGGCGAGGACAAGCCCCAAGUACCACCUCGGGUACCCAUCCCACCCCGGCCUACACGCCCGCGAGUGGAGCUGUCCCCAGCUCCGGCAGGUGACGAGGAUGUGGGCCGGUGGCCUGGGCCCACCUCCCCUCCCCGAGUGCCUCCCCGUGAGCCCCUGUCCCCUCCAGGCUCAAGGACCCCCAGCCCCCUGGUGCCACCUGGGAGCUCUCCCCUGUCACCCCGACUCUCGAGCUCACCUGGGGGGAAGGCCAUGCCCACCACCCAGAGCUUCGCCUCCGACCCAAAGUACGCCACACCCCAGGUGAUCCAGGCGCCUGGCCCCCGGGCUGGCCCCUGUAUCCUGCCCAUCGUCCGCGAUGGCAAGAAAGUCAGCAGCACCCACUACUACCUGCUGCCCGAGCGCCCACCUUACCUGGAGCGCUACCAGCGUUUCCUACGUGAGGCCCAGAGCCCUGAGGAGCCGGCGCCCCUGCCUGAGCCCCUCCUGUUGCCCCCACCUAGUACCCCUGCCCCUGCCGCCCCCACUGCCACCGUCCGGCCCAUGCCCCAGGCCGCCCCAGACCCCAAGGCCAACUUCUCCACCAACAACAGCAACCCAGGCACCCGGACGGCAGCCCCAAGGACCACUUCUCGGUUGCCACCGAGGGGCUGCCCUGUGGAUGGGCCAGAGACCGGGCGGCCAGCUGACAAGGUCCAGAUGCUGCAGGCCAUGGUGCAUGGGGUGACCACAGAGGAGUGCCAGGCGGCCCUGCAGAGCCACAGCUGGAGCGUGCAGCAGGCUGCCCAGUAUCUGAAGGUGGAGCAGCUCUUUGGGCUGGGUCUGCGGCCCCGUGGGGAGUGCCACAAGGUGCUGGAGAUGUUCGACUGGAACCUGGAGCAGGCUGGCUGCCACCUCCUGGGCUCCUGUGGUCCUGCCCACCACAAGCGGUGAGAUUCGUCUGCAGAGCCAGAGUCUGACCUGAAAGAGUCACUGGAACCUGUCCAUCUGACGAGGUGGGGUGGGGCUGUGGUCUGACCCCAAGAUCUGGAGGCCCUGUCUGCUCCCAGCAGCUGGAGCGAGGCCCCAUGGUGGGGAAGGAGGCCAGGGGCCGUGACUCACUCCCCCUCCCCUGCCCCUCGCUGUACCUGCACACUUUGGUUUGGCCCUGCGCGCCCCUCUGAGAGAGAUGGGGAGGAAGCCCUGCAGGGCCCCUCAGCAGAAGGGGCUGCCUCACCGAGGUCCUGUGGCCUGACCUGCUGCUGGGACCGGUCCUUAGCUGGUCUUGGGGGAACCAGAUGGAGAAC